CAAAACAAUAUAUGUUAUCGAUAAAUUCCCUUUGCAAUUUAAAAACUUUUUGAGACUUUAUGGACACCCAUUAUAUUUGCCAAAAAUGUGACAUAUUUACUAAAGUCAAUAUAGUCUGCAUUUUCAAUAUAUAUAUUUUUAAUUAAAUUUAAAGAGUCUUCCGAUUUUCAACACAGGGUUGUUUACGUGGUUUUUGUCAUGUUUUUGUCAUGUUUUUCAAAUCAGUGGAUUUGUUUCAAAGUCUUCAAUUAUGGUUUUACAUUAAAAACGUGAUUAGUUGAUGUUUUUCGAAUUCACUGUAGCUGUCAUUAAUUCGAGAGCUCUUACGUGGCUUAUUUUUGCAAAAAUUUUUGUUUCGGAUUUUUGUAAAAAAAAAAAAGAUUUUAUGGAUAAAAAUGCAGGUUAGCAAAUUUAUUAAGACUGCAAACAAUUAUCAGUCGGUCGAAGAGAAUGCAUAUCAGUCGUUUUACUCAUGUCGGAAUUGAAUUUCAAAAGUUGCGCCGCAUGCUUUGAAGAUAUGCUAGCUCACGUUUUUGACAUGUGAAACGCAAUGUUGACUAUUAAAUGUAGAUAUUGUUUUUAAUUAGAAAUCUUCUAGCUAGGAUAUUCUGUAAAAUAUAUCCUGUCCGCUGAUAUUAAAUUUAUGUUAAAAAAAGCUUGACCUCAAUGCAAUUAUAAACUGGUCUAAGCUUAUACAUAUCUUUAUACAGACACUAAGAAACUAGGUAAAUAUCGACAUGGUUUAUAAUAGACUUGUACUUUGCGCCAUUAUCGCGCUUUUCGCUAAUGGCGUUGUAGGGGUAGAGCCGUUCUGCAAAGAAGCAUGUGAUGUUUGUCAGUCAUGCACUCAGGAUUCUUCUGUUAUGGACAAGCUGAAUGAAAUGUCCAGCGAUCUGGAAGAGGCGAAAGCGACGAUCGCGAAAAUGGAAGCCAGAGAAGGCCUAUGCGAUGUCAAACAUGACGAUAAAUGUUUUUCCAUCAUAUCGUUGACGUACGGGAUAUCAUAUGACCAAGCGAAACGGCUGUGUGCAGCACGAGGGGGUUCCGCAGCCAACAUUUAUUCUGCUGAUCAAUACAAAAAGUUGAUGGAUUAUCUCUUCACAAAAAUUACUCCAGGCAAAGACAAAACAUUCGUUUGGAUUGGGAUGUUCUUUGACCCUACGAGAAUGGGGCUAUAUCUCUCUGAUGGAUUGCCCGCGCCAUUUGCACAUUGGGUUGACGGGCACCCACUCACUGAUAAAACUCAUACUCGGCUAGCAUUGAUCCAGAACGUAAAGCAAGAUGGAACCGAGCCUAUUGGCAUGCGAACCAUGGACGUGUCGGACAUGACCAGACUCGGAGUUAUCUGCGAAUAUUAAUAUGUUUUAUACACCUCCUGUUUUAUAUACCUGUUUUAUAAUCCUCGCGCAUUUUGAAACUCAUUGUAAAAUUGAUUUUUGAGAAUUUCACUGAUUUCAUUGUAGAAUUGAAUUUUGGGAUUUGAAAUGACUUUACUUGAUAAACAUUCAAAAUAAAAAUCCUUGUUUAUCUGGGGAGCAAUGAAGUUCUAGGUUUUUAUGACCUGAAUAAUUUUGUCUUGGAGCAAUAAAAUCAGAUAGAAAAUAUA